AUGUCGAAAAGAGUAUAUCCUACAGAUCCAAACAAUAUGUUGGUUCAACAGCAGCAGCAGCAGCAGCAGCAGCAACAACAGCAAAUGCAAGGUGGUGGAUUUCCACCGAUGCCAAUGCAGCAGCAACAACAACAGUAUCAACAUAAUCAACCACCACAAGUAGGUCAAGUUAGUUUGGCACAACCAACUGGUUACUCUUCAUACGGAGUAGGUCAACCAACACCUCCGACCACUCAAAUGAUCUCGCCACCACCACCACAACAACAGAAUAACAACACAACAUAUCCACCAUCUACCAAUAAUUAUACUCCAACAGCACCACCACCUGUAGCAGCAACACCAACAGCAGCAGCAGCAGCACCAACAACAGUUUCAACAUCAAAGCGUCAGUAUGUAGUUGAUGCAGAUAACAGUGCAAUGUUGAGUAAUGCAAUGGGUAAUCUCAAUGUCAAUAAUAGUAGUAAUCAUCAAUAUCCAACAACAACAACAACAACACCAUCCAAUCCACAACCAACUGGUUAUCCAACAUCACCAACUACCUAUCCAGUUGCAUCGAAUCCAAUGCCACCAACUACACAACAGCAGCAGCAACCAUAUGGAUAUCCAGUUGCUUCGAAUCCAACAAUGCCACCAACACCAACACCACCAACAACAACAACAGUUUCAAAUCCAACACCAACCUAUCCAGUUGCAUCUAAUCCAAUUCCACCAACUACCCAACAACAACAACAACAACCAUAUGGAUAUCCACAACAACAACAGCAACAACCAGUACAAGGAUAUCAACAAGCAUAUCCACAACAACAACAAUAUCAACAACCACAACAAUAUCAACAACAACAACAAUAUAAUAAUAUACAACCAAUGCCAAAUCCAAUGCAAAUGGCAACACAACCAGUAAGCAAUGUUCCAUAUCAUCAAGCACCAACACCAUCACACCAAUACACUGAACAAGUUGUACCAACACCAGAGAAUCUCUGUCCAAAGUCAUAUAUGAGAAUGUCAAUGAAUGCAAUUCCACACCAAGCAUCCACUCUCUCAAAGAUUCAUAUUCCACUUGGUUGUACCAUUCAUCCAUUUGCUAAUGAUGAAGCUAAUCCAAUUCCAGUGAUUUCAUCUACCAUUGUUAGAUGUAAGAGAUGUCGUGCAUACAUAAAUCCAUUCAUCAGUUGGAUGGACGGUGGUGGUAGAUGGAGAUGUAACGUCUGUGAUAUGAUUAAUGAUACACCACAAGAUUAUUUCAGUCCAAUCGAUUUAACAACAGGUAAACGUGCAGAUAUUAAUACAAGACCAGAGUUGGUAAGAGGAUGUGCAGAGUUUUUAGCUACUAGUGAAUACACAAUUCGUGGUCCACAACCACCAUCCUAUUUCUUUGUGAUCGAUGUUUGUUAUGAAUCAAUUGUUUCGGGAAUGUUAAACUGUGCAAUCGAAUCUAUUAAAGCUUCUUUAGAUAAUAUGCCAGGUGAUUCUAGAGCAAGAAUUGGUAUCUUGACUUUUGAUGAUUCAUUACAUUUUUAUAAUUUAAAGUCUAGUUUUGGCAGACCAAAGAUGUACGUCGUAACGGAAAUGGAUAACAUCUUUGUUCCACCAUACGAAGAGUUUUUGGUUAACCUCAAAGAAUCACGUACUAUCAUCGAUUCAUGUUUAGACCUAAUCAAACAAAUGGAAAGAAAAACUCAAAAAGUUGAAUCAUGUCUUGGUUCUGCACUUAAAGCUGCUCUUCAAAUUUGUCAAGGAGUAGGUGGUAAAAUUGUUGUAUUACAAAGUUAUAUUCCAAGAGGACCGUUCGGUAAGUUACCGAUUAGAGAGUUCCAAUCGGUUUUGGGUACCAAGAAGGAGACUCAAUUGUUACAACCACAGGAUGCCGGUGAUUUCUACAAGGAUUUAGGUUUGGCAUGUUCAUCGCAUCACUUGUCGGUCGAUCUGUUUUUGUUUGCCACUGGCUACGUCGAUGUUGCUUCGCUCCAGUGUUUGCCACAGAUCACCGGUGGUGAGUUGUUCUACUUCCCUGCGUUCAUUGCAUCGCGUGACGGCCAGACUUUUGCUGCCAACUUGAUGCAUACGCUUACACGUCCGACCGGUUGGGAGAGUGUGAUGCGUGUGCGUACCAGUCGUGGCAUCUCAACGAAUGUCUACCACGGAAACUACUUCCUCAAGUCGUCGGACUUGCUCUCACUGCCAACCGUCGACGCCGACAAAUCGUUCACUCUCCAGAUGGGCAUCUCUGAUACCAUCACCUCCAAGUAUGUAGCUAUCCAAACGGCACUGUUGUACACUCACUCCUGUGGUGAGAGACGUGUGCGUGUGCUGACUGUUAGCGUUCCCGUUGUGCAUACCUUCCCAGAGUUGUUCAAAUACGCUGAUAUCGCUGUGGUCACUAGUUUAAUUUCAAAGAUGGCCAUCGAUAAAGCGUUGGCUAGCUCGUUAUCGGACGCACGUGAAGCGAUCGCCAACAAGUGUGUCGAUAUUCUCACUGCUUACAAGUCGACUUUGUCGUCGGGAGCAGCGUCGUCGUCGUCGGUGACACUCUCACCACAGACACCCAAGUUGCUGUUGCCCGAGUCACUCAAGCAUCUGCCAUUGUACGUUGUCGCCAUGGUCAAGAAUAUCGUGUUCACCUCGAAAGCGACGAACCCCGAUAUCCGUGCUUACUUUAUGCAUCGCAUGAAGGUGGUCGAUCUCACCAGUUGUCUCAACUUUUUCUACCCACAAUUCUACUCGUUGCUCAGAACCGCGCAACAGACCGACCAGACCACUGGCGAGCCGUUGCCAAGCACCUCAAUUGUACCGACCACUCUGAAACUAUCGUCCGACCAACUGUCAAGAGCCGGCAUCUUUAUUUUGGUGAAUGGAUUCGCCAUCUAUAUGUAUGUUGGCGAGGCAUGUCCACCUCAGACCGUCUUUGAUGUGUUUGGCUGUGAUUUCGCAUCGCUCGAUCCAAUGACAUUCCAAGGUCUGUCGAUCUUUGACAACGAACAAUCGAGAUACGCACGCAAAGUUAUUGAAAUGGCAAGAGCCAACUACUCUGAGUAUCAGCGAAUCAUUUUGGUGAAAUCCAACGACAGACAACUUAACCCAGAGUUCACCUCACUAUUGAUUGAAGAUCGUACACUAGAAGGUGGAUCCUACUAUGAAUUUAUUUUACAACUUCAACAAAGAAUUCAAAAAAAUUAA